UAAACGAUGCCCAAAGAGCUGUAACAACGCCGCUUUCUAUUGGCUGAAGAGUUCUCAGCCACCACCAUGAGCCAAUGAGCAGAGGCAAACAGAUGACGUCAGACGCUCUGCGACUGCUCCCCUCAGCCCUCUCCAUCCCCUAGCGACGCGUCCGGCGACCGCCGAAAGGCACUGCAAACACUCGGGGACCUCAGCGGCCCCAUGCACACCUCGCCGCUCGCGCUCCUGCAGGUGUUCUUCCUGCUGGUCCCCGAGGGCGUCCGUCCUCAGCCCUCUUCCUCCCCGCCAGGGCCGGGGCCCACCUCCUUGGGGCCAGGGUCGCAGGGCGGGACCCUUGAACCCUCUUCGGAGGGGACUGAAACUCCGCGGGCUGGGCCUGGGACCUCCUCGGUGUUCCCUACGCUAGGGACCCCUUCAGCGCCUGGAGAUGGGGCCAUGGACCUCUUCCCAGUCUUACCGAUCUGUGUCUGCGACUUGACUCCUGGAACCUGCGAUAUAAAUUGCUGCUGCGACAGAGACUGCUCUCUUCUCCAUCCGAGGACAGUUUUCUCCUGCCUUCCGGGAAGCGUGAGGUCUUCAAGUUGGGUUUGUGUGGACAACUCCCUUAUCUUUAGGAGUAAUUCCCCAUUUCCGUCAAGAGUUUUCGUGGAUGUAAAUGGAAUUAAGCAGUUUUGUGUCCACGUGAACAACUCAAAAUUAAACUACUUCCAGAAGCCCCAAAAAGUCAAUGCAUCCAACUUCCAGACCCCGGCUACAGAGUUUGGAGGCAACUCAUUCAAUUCAACAUUCCAGACGCAGUCGCCAGCACCUUUUUACAGGGCUGGGGACCCCAUUUUGACUUACUUCUCAGAGUGGUCUGUACUAAGCUUGCUGAGGCAGCCUGCAGGAGUUGGAGCUGGGGGACUCUGUAUCGAGAGCAAUCCUGCAGGUUUCUUGGAGAGUAAAAGUACAACCUGUGUCCGUUUCUUCAAGAAUCUGGCAAACAGCUGCACCUUGGAUCCAGCCCUCAAUGCUGUCUCUUACUACAACUUCACAGUCUUGAAGGUGCCAAGAGGUAUGACUGAUCUGCAGAGUAUGAAGUUCCAGGUUCCUGUAACACCCGUCUCACAGCCCGGUUCUCCUCUGUUGGCUGGAAACACUUGUCAGAAUGCUGUUUCCCAGGUCAUCUAUGAGAUAGAGACCAAUGGGACUUUUGGAAUCCAGAAGGUCUCUGUCAGUUUUGGACAAAUCAACCUGACUGUUGAGCCAGGCGCUUCCUUACAGCAGCAGUUCAUCAUUCACUUCAGGGCUUUUCAGAGCACAGCCACUUCCCUUCCUGGUCCUAGAAGUGGGAAUCCUGGCUACAUUGUUGGGAAGCCACUCUUGGCUCUAACUGGUGACGUAAGUCACUCUAUGACCCUCUUGCAGAGCCAGGGUGAUGGAACUUGCUCUGUCAGGAGACACAAAGUACAAUUUGGGGUGAAUGCAAUGUCUGGAUGCAAACUCAGGCUGAAAAAGGUGGACUGCAACCACUUGCAGCAAGAUAUGUACCAGACUCUUCACGGGAGGCCCAGACCAGAACAUGUUGCCAUAUUUGGUAACGCUGAUCCAGCUCAGAAGGCAGAGUGGACCCCGAUCCUCAGCAGGAACUGCAGUGUUUCAGCUACAGGUUGCACUUCUUGCUGUAUCAUACCAGUGUCCCUGGAGAUCCAGGUAUUGUGGGCAUAUAUAGGCCUCCAGUCGAACCCACAAGCUCAUGUGUCGGGAGCACGAUUCCUGUACCAGUGUCAGUCCAUAAAGGAUCCCCAGGUAACGGAAAUGUCUUUGACAACUACUGUGACCUUUGUGGACAUUACCCAGAAGCCAGAGCCUCCACGGGGCCAACCCAGAACCGACUGGAAAUUGCCAUUCGACUUCUUCUUUCCUUUCAAAGUGGCCUUCAGCAAAGGAGCAGACUCUAAGAAAGGUUCAGUCUCUCCCGUCCUUAUCCUGUGUCUCUUAUUCCUUGGAAUUCUCAGCCUAGAGACUAAGUAACAAAAGGAGAGGAAUCGGAUUUUAAUUUUCCCUAUGGGAAGUCCUACGGCAGCCUACUUGUGUUGGCUAAUGACCAGAGAGCCUUUAGGAGAAGAGUGGACCUAGCCUUUGUACAUGAGAGAAGAGAUUUUAGAAAAGCAUUAAAAAUAUCUUGUUCAUCCUA